AAUAUCUAAAAAGAAACGCAUAGAUCACCGAACCAAAUAAAGAUGAAAAGCAGUUUCUUCUUCGUCGUUGUUCUCUCUCUCUCCUCCAUCUUCAUUUCCUCUCUGAUCGCUACUUUCUCCAAAGACGACAUGGCCAUGCUCGGAGGCGUUCGCGAUGUACCUGCUAACGAGAACAGUGUCGAGGUCGAGAGCCUCGCUCGUUUCGCUGUCGAUGAGCAUAACAAGAAAGAGAAUGCACUGCUCGAGUUUGCGAGAGUGGUGAAGGCGAAAGAGCAAGUUGUGGCGGGAACGAUGCACCACCUGACUCUGGAGAUCAUCGAGGCUGGGAAGAAGAAGCUUUACGAGGCUAAAGUGUGGGUGAAGCCUUGGUUGAACUUCAAGGAGUUGCAGGAGUUCAAGCCUGCUAGUGAUGAUGGUGCCCCUUCUACUACCAUCACUCCCUCAGAUCUUGGCUGCAAGAAAGGAGAAAUGCAUCUGGAUGGAGGGAAGUUCCAGGAGAUGAUCCAGAAGUGCAGCACGUUGCUGAUCAUGCUGUCAAGACUAUACAGCAGAGGUCUAACUCUUUGUUUCCUUAUGAACUCCAAGAGGUUGUUCAUGCCAACGCUGAGGUCAGUGGGGAGGCUGCAAAGUACAACAUGGUUCUGAAGUUGAAGAGAGGGGAGAAGGAGGAAAAGUUCAAGGUGGAGGUUCACAAGAACCAUGAAGGUGUUCUUCAUCUCAACCACAUGGAGCAGCACCAUGACUAGUCAUCUCCUCUGUUUAUGUAAUAAUGACUGUUUGUUUGCUUACUCUGUAAGAUAUUUUAACUUCUGAUGCUACUA